CGGCCGCCGGCGCUCCAACUCCACACACGCUGCGGCGAGUGACAGGCGAUCCCAAGCAGAUGCGGAAAGCACCAAGGCAGCAGCGGCGGCGGAGCGGCUGAGUUGCGCAGCGCUGCGGUGUGCUUCGCCGGAUGAGCUUGUUGCCCUCGGGCGCUGCUUGCCGUGGGAGGCCGGCGUUGCUGGGGUGCCCGCAUGCGCUGCGACAGGGCCCUGCACAGACGCACGGUGCACAGCAGCAGCAGGCAGCGUCCUCCACGCACCAGCACCAGAGAUGGCAGCAUGCGGCGCUGCCUCGGUGCGGAAGCAUGGCGCUGCGGCUGAGUUGUGAGCCGCGGCCCUCGAGGCGGAGGCGGAGGCCGCCGCGAAGGGAGAAGUUGGCGCUGCCAAACGCCGCCGCCGCGUGUGGUGCGGCUGCUGCUUGCGCUGGCCAGGCGCCACAGCAGCAGCGCGCACGACGGACGCGCAGCAGGCGGACUUUGGCGCGCCCAUGUUCCGGAUGCGGCAGCAACGCGCAUCUGGGCCGCACGCAGGCCUUGUCUCGCCGCUUUGCCGCAGGCCCGCUGCACCAUCCCACACCUCCGGGCGGCGUCUGCAGGCUGCCAUGCUGCAUGUGCGGCGUGCUGCCUGCGUCAAUGCUGCCGCCCUGCGGUGCUGUCGCCUCUGCACAGCGCAGAUCAACAGAUCGCAGCGGGCAGCAAAGCGCACUCAAGCAUGCAGCCGCAGUGCAGCAGCAGCAUAGCUGGCUGUGCAGCGGUGCAGCCGAGCCGGCGCCGAGUGCGGGUGCUCCUUCGAUGCACGGCGCUGCGUUCCCGCGCCAUGGCGCUGCCGGCCGCCGAGCUGGCGCCGCUCUUGGUGCGCCAGGGCUCCCCGAUCGCGUUCGUGCGCAUGUCUCGGAUUACCACGAGCGGCUGCCUACCGUGCGCAACGCAGGGCUGGAGGCGUCGGGAGCGGCUUCUGAGCGCUGCAUGCCGCAGGCUGCACGCUUGGCGACGCCUCUGUGGCGACGACAGAGAUCGAAGGGCGGCAACGGCGCAACAUUGAAGCCGAGCGGCGCACAGUCCAGGUGGUGCUGAGGAUGGUCCUCCAGGCGCGGCACGUGGGAUGCGCUUGUGAGCCAGCUGCUGGCGCUCGCUGCCGCCUCACCGGUGCGUCCCAGCCGGCCCGCUGCGCCGCAGCCUCAAGUGCGAGUCCGUUGUCCGACAGACUCUUGAUGCUGGGAGGACGGAUAUGGAUGGUGGAGGAGAGGGACGGCAGGGCGGAUGAGCGGCGGAGUGCGGCCGACGGCGCCGAGGCGCACUUUGCGGGACUCGGCACGCGACGCGCGCCUCACGCUUCGAUGCUUCGCGCCUUCGCCGUGCUG